UGUAUGGAGCCGACAACGGUUGAAAUGUGAUGUUUGCUCCACUGCUCUGGUCUUAUCCGGUGAGUGGAGUGGUCAGGUCAGCCGCGUACUGUGUGGAGCUUCGUGUGCGCUUUAUCGACAAUAAAGUUACAUUUGACGCCUUCAUUAUUUCACCAACGAAGGUACCUGAUGGAAAAUAGCCGAUUGAAUAGAGACCUGAGGCCAUGUUUCAGAUGAUUCUACUGAGAUGGGCCUUUCCUCUAGGUGAUUCUGAUCUACACGGGUCCUGUGGAAGUGAAGAAAGUGGUAGAGGAGGAGAAGCAGGAGACCUAUCAUUCUGACUCUGUUCUGGAUCUAUGGACUGUAGACAAACACCAUCUGUCUUACGUCAGACAGUGCGACUCAUUCCACAUUUGUUUGAACUAACGUCGUACAGGAGGAGUUUUGCGUAGGAGUGACGGCACCUGUUGGACUCAGAAAAGAAGGCAAUGGCCGUGUGUGUGUGUCAGUGGUGUCCGGCUGGCUCUGCUGUCGUCUAGGCUCUGCUGUCGUCUAGGCUCUGCUGUCGUCUAGGCUCUGCUGUCGUCUAGGCUCUGCUGUCGUCUAGGCUCUGCUGUCGUCUAGGCUCUGCUGUCGUCUAGGCUCUGCUGUCGUCUAGGCUCUGCUGUCGUCUAGGCUCUGCUGUCGUCUAGGCUCUGCUGUCGUCUAGGCUCUGCUGUCGUCUAGGCUCUGCUGUCGUCUAGGCUCUGCUGUCGUCUAGGCUCUGAUGUCAGAUGUUCCCUCUGGACUACUGGAGGCUUGUGUGGUGGUUGGAGCUGGCAGCAGUACACUCAGGGAACUCUAUCAGUCACACCAGCAGGGUAAAAUCAAAGAGCUCCCCCUGUUGGAGACGGAGGUACUGCAGGUGCACGCCCCACCCUUUGUGACCAAAGAGAGUGUGAGUAGCGAGACCAAGGGUCAGGGUCAUGCCCCGGCCUUCACCAGGAUCCAGAGGAGGCGCUCCUUCAUCAAGAAGAAGAGGGGGAGGCCUGGUACGGCUAAUGGAGAGGUAGCCAAGGGUAGCGAUGGAUGGGGUGGCACCACAGAGGACAUCAGUGUCCCCAAGGACCUGGACCUCAUCGCCCUGCCUCAGCUCUGCUUCCCAGGGGGUCUUCAGAUAGCCAGUGAGCAGAGAGAAGACUCGUACCAUUACCUGGUGUUUACUGAUGUCUUCGGGAACAGGACACAUGCUGUAGUGGUGCAGUACUACAGACCUAUACAGUUCUCUCAGGAUGGUGGGCACCAAAAUGGCUACCGGUUGUCCUCCAAGUCGUCUCGUCUCUACACGGCGUACGGCAUCUGUGUCAUCUCUAAAUACCCUUACUACAACGCUCUCAGGGACUGCCUGUCAUGUCUCUUGUCCCAGCUCAAGCCCAGCUGGAUGGGGGACUUUGAGGAGAGGGUGAAGGAGUUUUCAGCCAAGCUGGCGCUGGUGCCCAUACCUCCACCUGGGCAACUGCAUGUGGUGUUUAGUCUGAGGCCUCUCCAGAUUGGGCUUCCCUCCCGGGAGGAUAAGGACCGGCCAGCUGUUGACCUCGACCUCCAUCUGCCUUUCCUGUGCUUUAGACCCCGACAGCUCCUCCAAAUCAUUACCAGCCUGCUGACAGAGCAGAGGGUAGUACUGUUUUCCUGUGACUGGGCCCGGCUCACCCUGCUGGCAGAGAGCCUGAUGCUCUUCAUCCACCCCCUGGUGUGGCAGCACCCCUUCGUCCCCGUCCUCUCAAGCCAGAUGCUGGACUUCCUCAUGGCGCCCACCGCCUACCUCAUGGGCUGUCAUCUGCACCAUUAUGAAGAGGUGGCCGCGGAAACAGAUGAUCUGAUUCUGGUUAACAUUGAUGAUGGCAUCGUGUCGUCUUCCUCGUCCGACGGGGUUGACCUGCCGGACGUCCCGCUGGCGGCCAGAGAGUGUUUUCUAACACGGGCGGAGGGUCUCCAGAUGCACUAUGACCUGGACGUGUGUCACCGGGGGUCCAGUACAGACGUCAACGACCAGAGGGCCCAGAGGAGGCAGUGGCAGAGGAAACUUAACACACACAUCCAGAACAUCACUCUGGAACUCAUCGUCAACAUCUUCAGGACAGGCACGCUUAAUCCAAUGACUAUUACUCUCAACCUCACCCCCCCACCACCACUGCACCCCCACAGAGAAGUCCACCAUCACCUCAACUAUGAGCACAGAGUCUUCAACAGUGAAGAGUUCUUCAGGUCUAGAGAACCAGCAGACCAGCCAUUUUUCAAGAAGGUGUUGGACACACAGAUCUUCCACUCGUUCCUACGGGAUCGUCUGAACAGGAAGAUGGACGCGUUUACACGCAUGGAGCUGAGCACUCGGACAGAAACGUACAGGCUGAAGUCCAUGACAGAGUCUCCGCGGCGGCCCACCAUGCAGGAGAUGGCCCGUAAAUACACCAGCCCAGAGAGCCGGCUCAGCAAGAGGCUGGGGGCCAGCCUGCCCAACCUGGGGGAUGGUGUGGGUGCCCUGGUGGGACCCCUCAUGCAGAACUCCCUCAAGAAGAUACAGGUGGACAGAGGUCUGAAGUCUCCCCAGAAGCCAGUGAGAUGCUUCAAGCUUCCUGAGUUCCCUCCACCGCUGGCCUACCACUACGUCCAGAAUUACUACCAGGAGAUGAUCACCCUCCUGGACAAGGCCAUCAGCGGGGUCGCCUUCGAGGACUCUUCUCUCCUGGCCUGCUAUCACUACCUCCGGGGCUUUGUCAACACAGUGGCCGGUAAACGUCUGGACGCACUGGAAGACUUUCAGAACCUUUACAAGACGGACACGGACAUCUUCCCUGGCGAGCUGGUCAACGCGCUGGUGGACUCUCUACAGGAUGGGGAACGGGCACAAGCGAACCGCCGAACCGAGAUCAAACGCCUGAUUAGUCGGGUGAAGAAGGACCACGAGAGGGAGCGGACGUGCCAUGACGACGAAGCUGUCAAGCGGUUCCAGCUGCCGAAAAAGCACAUGCAGUUGGAGGACUUUGUGAGGCACGUGCAGGAGUCUGGGAUUGUCAAGGACCAGGGGACCAUUCACCGGCUGUUUGAGGCUCUCACUGUGGGCCAGCAAAAACAGGUGGAUCCAGAACUCUUCCGAGUGUUCUACACCUUCUGGAAGGAGACUGAGGCCGAGGCUCAGGAAGUGGCCCUGCCGGCCUCAGUCCUGGAGCACCUGGAGGCUAACGAGUGUGUCUUCAAGCUGUCCUCUUCGGUCAAGACCAGCCACGGCGUGGGCAAGAUCGCCAUGACCCAGAGACGGCUGUUCCUGCUGACAGUAGGACGACCCGGGUACGUGGAGAUCACCAAGUUCAGAGACAUUGAGGAGGUGAAGAUCUCCUCGGCUCCCUUCCUGCUGCUGAGGAUCCCCUCUCUGAAGAUCAAGACCACCCUGAGGAAAGAGACGUUUGAGGUCAACCUGAAGUCGGAGGUUGACCUCUGGCACAUCAUGGUUAAGGAGAUGUGGGCCGGACGGAAGAUGGCGGACGACCACAAGGACCCCCAGUAUAUGCAGCAGGCUCUGACCAAUGCCCUGUUGAUGGAUGCAGUGGUUGGCUGUCUGCAGUCACAAAAGGCCAUUUUUGCAGCAACCAAGUUAGCACACUUUGACAGAAUGAAACUGGAAGUGCCAAUGAUGGUUCCCAAAACCACGUCAGAGACCCUGAAACACAAGAUCAAUCCGUCUCUGGACCGGACCAGCCCCCAGGCGGUAGAUGUUCUGCUCUACACCCCAGGCCAGCUGGGCGUAUCGCUCGACACCGAGGGUGAUGGGAACCCUAAACUGUGGUGUGCCCUGAGCGACGGGAAGGUUGUGGUGUUUGAUGCAGCCAGCUGGUCCAUGCAACAAAGCCAACUUCAAGUAGGCUCUUCACGAGUGAACUGCAUGCUGGGAGUAGACCGGCAGCAGGUGUGGAUUGGCUCUCAGGAUUCCGUCAUUUACAUAAUCAGCACCCGCAGCAUGUCCUGUAACAAGCAGCUGACGGACCACCGCAGUGAGGUCACAGGGUUGGCCCUAGGGGAGCGCAGGGAGAAGUACAGCCCCAAGGUGGCGUACUCCUGCAGUGCGGAAGGUACAGUGAUGACGUGGGACGUGUCCACACUGCAGGUGAGGAAACAGUUCAGGCUCUCCUGUGACCGUCUCCAGUCCGUUCAGCUCUGCAGUGGAACCCUGUGGUGCUGUGCCAGAGACUGCAUUAUGGAGGUGUGGAAAAAUGGAACGUUGACUCGCAAGAUCUCCCUUCCUGAACAGCUCCGUGGCUCCCCCACCGCCUUUAGCAGCUUCCUGCUCUACCAGGAGAAGGAGCAGCUGUGGACGGCCUGUAUAGACGUAGGGGAGCUGUGUGUGUGGCACCUCACGGAGCUCACCAAGCCCUUCCAGAGGAUCCAGUUGCCCGACUGUGCAGGUGUCACCUGCCUCAUCAAGGUCAAAAACCAGAUCUGGGUUGGUGGCCGUAGCUCGGGAAAGUCCAGAGGGAAGAUCUACGUAGUGGAUACCCAGCGACACACGGUGGAGAAGGAGCUGGUAGCUCACACAGACUGUGUCCAGGCACUGUGCUCCGCAGAGGACCGCUAUGUGCUGAGUGGGGCGGCCCGCGAGGAUGGGAAGAUAGCCAUCUGGAAAGUGGAGUAACUGGAGUGGAAUUCAAUACUGCCCCCUGGUGCAAACGGUAGAAAAUGGACUGAAACAGAGAGCGGCUGGGCCAAUAAGAAACACUCUUUUUCGUUUUCUGUUGAAGAAGAUUUUGCUACGUUGUGCUCUAAUAACCCAGGUUAUUGUGAACAUUUGGGAAAUGGACUUGUUGUGAUUUCAGACUGUCUGUGGGUGGAUGACUGACCCAAAGACAAAAUAAGGGGUCUUCCUCAUGAUUGCAUGGGGGUUUUGUAUUAUUGCUCAUUAGACUUACAACAACUGAAGUAAUUUGUCCAACCUAUAGUUAAAUACCUUUUUAUGUGUUCAGCAGUGUUAACUGCUUAUUUUAAUGUUAACAUCUAGACCUUUUUGUAUGUUUUAAUACACAAUACUACAUUUUUGUAUUGUUUACUGGUGUUAUUAAAAAUGUAUGAA